AUGUGGUUCCGGCAGAGUCUCAUUGCGCUCGCCUGGCUCGCCCCAGCAUUGCUGUCGGCCGUCGACGCCCGGUCGCUGUCCGCCUGCAAUGGCAAGCCACGGCCCUUCAAGCUGACCCUGACGUGGGAGAAGCAUGCGCCUGAUGGCUUCGAGAAGCAGAUGAUCCUGAUCAACGGCCAAUUCCCCGGGCCGCUGCUCGAGAUGAACCAGGGGGACGACGUCGAGGUCACGGUGUACAACAAGAUGCCCUUCAACACCACAAUACACUACCAUGGCAUCGAGAUGCUCAAGACGCCCUGGUCCGACGGCGUGCCUGGCCUCUCCCAGCGCCAGAUCCAGCCCGGCAAGAGCUUCGUCUACAAGUGGAAGGCCACCCAGGCCGGCUCCUACUGGUAUCACUCGCACCAGCACGCCCAGCUCAACGAUGGCAUGUACGGCCCCAUCGUCAUCCACCCCAAGGACAGCACCCCUCGGCCCUUUGACAGGAUUUCCAAGGACCCGACGGCGGUGCGCGCCAUGAAGCGCGCCGAGGCCGACGUCACGCCCCUCGUGCUCUCGGACCACCGGCACGUCACGUCGGAACGCGGCUGGGACAUCAACGUCGCGUCGGGCCUCGAGACGCCGUGCUACGACUCUAUCCUCAUCAAUGGCAAGGGCCGGGUCGAUUGCUGGACGCAGGAGAAGAUGGCCUCGCUGUACACGGCCGAGCAGCGGCUGUUCCUGAAGUUGGGCAACGCCACGUCUUUUACGGCCAAGGGGUGUCUCCCCGCCGCAGUGAUUGCCGCUGUCCAGGCAAGAGGCAAGCAGACCAACCUGUCAGCCAUUCCCCCCGAGAUCUUCGACGUCUGCACCGCCACCAACGGCCCGCGCGAAGUCAUCAAGGUGAGCAAGGCCUCCAACGCCAAGGAGACGUGGGUCGCCUUCGACCUGAUCGGAACCUUUGGUCUCAUCACGGGCGCCUUCUCCAUCGACGAGCACCCCAUGUACAUCUACGCCGUUGAUGGCAGCUACAUUGAGCCGCAGGAGGUUGAGGCCGUGGUGCUCACCAACGGCGACCGCUACUCCGUCAUGGUCAAGCUCGACAAGCCCGGCGACUUCACCAUGCGCAUGGCCUCGCUCACCAUGCCACAAAUGUUCACCGGCUUCGCGACGCUGUCGUACCGCGACCCGAAGGGGCCGUCGCCGCCGAGCAAGCCCUCUGUCGGGUACAUCAACGACAUUGGGGCCAACACGACUGCCGACGUGCGAUUCUUCGGCCAAGCCGCCAUGAAGGCCUUCCCGCCCGCGCCGAUUGCCCAGACCGCCGAUCAGACGGUCAAGGUGGCGAUGCGCGUCGCCGGGCAGAGCUACAACUGGGCGCUCAACGAGACCAUCUACCCGAUGGGCCUCGACAACGACACACCGUUGCUCUUUGACCCGCAGCCCGAGCGGCACAACAAUGUCACCAUCACGACCAGGAACGGUACCUGGGUCGACGUCAUCUUCCAGGCCGUCGCAUUCCCUAUGCCGCCGCACCCCAUCCACAAGCACGGCAACAAGAUGUACCUACUCGGCCAGGGCGAUGGCCUGUUCAAGUGGGACAGCGUCGCCGAGGCGGCCAAGGAGAUCCCGAGUAGCUUCAACUUUGUCGAUCCCCCGCGGCGGGACGGCUUCACUACCCCGGCGGCGCUACAGGGACCGAGUUGGAUGGCGAUCCGGUACCACGUCGACAAUCCCGGUGCGUGGCUCAUACACUGCCAUGUUCAAAGCCACCUGUCUGGCGGCAUGAGCAUGGCCAUCCAGGAUGGCGUGGACAAGUGGCCCAAGGUGCCGGCCGAGUACUUGAACUACAAGUGA